GUUAGCACAUAGGGCCGCCCUGCCGCUGUCUCGCUGGUUAGAAACGUGCCGGGUAACAAGGAGGUGGCUGCCGUCGGCAAAAACGCAGUGCCGGGUAAAAAUGGUGGAGCGGGCUCUAAGAUGUCCUGGCUGCUCAGCCGAUGUGGACCAUGCGCUCGCCUUCUUUGCUGCCAAGGCGACGGUGCGGCCUGACCUGCUGGCGCUGGUAACCAGCUCGGCAUCCUACCCGGUCACGUACACAUCACGCAUAGUCCCGGCGCGAUGCUCAGCAACGGAGCUUGCGGCUGGUGUCGCUGCCCUGGGUGCAGACAGCCAGUUCGUAGUGGCAGGUGCUGGCGGCGCCGAGGCGCAGCUGGCGCAGUCGCUGGCGGCCGGCGUGAGGCCACUGUUCCACCCCGGAGUCACCAGCAGCCGUGUCUAUGAGCUGAGCCUGAGCGGCGUGUAUGCAGUUGCCACGCCGUCGGCGCUGUAUGCCAUGCCUGCCGUGCGCGCAAUGCUGGUGCGCGGCGGCGUGUCGCGUGUGGCGGUGGCAUACCGUGUUGACGGCGAGCCGGCCCUGGCGGACGCCUGCGCCGGCGUGCUGGCGGCCGCGCCCUCGCUGCAGCAGCUGCAACCGGGGACCGUCAUCCUGUCGUACAACUAUACGACCGCGGACGCGCAGGCGCCGGGCUUUUACACCCAGUUGAUGGCGCGCAUAUACGGCAGCGACGGCGGUGGCGAUGGCGGCGCGGCGCUUGAGGCACUGGUGGCGUGCGACGAGGCUGCUGCGCUGGCGGACAUGUCCGCUGCGCUGGCGGAGUUGGACGACUUGCCCGCCGCCACGUUCCUGCUGGAGGGCCCCACCAGCAACGCCAUGCUGGGGCUGUUCACGCAGCCCGACUACAUGCAGUCGGCGGCGCAAUGGUUGCCGGCGGCGCGGUACGCAGACCCGCUGUUCGGCGGCGGCGCUGACUACGCGGCGGGGUUUGCGGCGGCGAACGGCGGCCAGCAGCCGGGAGAGGACGCGGCGGGCGCGUCGGCGUCGGCGUUCACACUGGCUCUGGCGUUGCGUGCUGCCUUUGUGAACUGCAACGUCAGUAUCGAUGUGGUGCAGACGGGGGACGUGGAGCGGCUGCUUGGGGACCCGUCGGCGCUGUCGUGUGACAGCCCUGGCGGGGCGGGGCCGCUGCGCAACGUGACCGGCUACCAGCUGGUUGCUCGCGCGCUGCGGGAGGGCCGGUUCGACACCUUCUACGGGCCGGUGGCGUUUGGCGCGUCGGGCCGGAACCUGGCCAAACCCGUGGUGACGACGCAGGUGUUGGAUGGCAGUGUGCAGGUGGUGCUGCCGGCGGAGGCCGCCACCGCACAGCUGGUGGUGCCCACACCGCGGCCACAUGACAACAAGCCGGCGCUGCCACCUGGCGCGGUGGCGGGCAUUGUGGUUGGGUCGCUGUCGCUUGUCCCGCUGGUCGCGCUGCUGUGGCUGUACCGGAGACAGCGGCGGCGCCACCGCAAUUUGUUCGGCCAGGUUCGGCCGCCGGGCGUGGGGCCGCUCACGACGCUGCUUUUGACGGACAUUGAAUCUAGCACGACGCUGUGGGAGUCCCUGCCUCCUAGCGUGAUGGAGCGGGCGAUGGAGCUGCACGAUGGCAUUAUCCGUGGUCUUGCAGCCGAGCAUGAUGGCUACGAAAGUGCUAAUGAAGGCGACUCCUUCACCAUUUGCUUCCACAACUCGUUUGAGGCAGUGCUGUUCGCGGUUAAGGCCCAACAGCGGCUGCUGCUGGCAGCCUGGCCGGAGGCACUGCUGCGGCACGAAAAGGCUGAGGCGGUGUGGAUGACGCUUGUGACCGACGGCUCCGUGCUGAGCACUGCCUGCCAGACGAGCAGCUGGUGCUCGGAGCUGCUGUCGGUGGUGCACAGCAAGUCCAUCACCGCACACAACGUGGCCGGCGGUAUGGGCGGCACCUUGGGCAGCGCGGCGGCGGGGCUGCAGAUGCGCGCCGCCAGCUUGCAGAAGAGCUUCGUGGGCGCAGCGCGCAGCAUGCGGCGGCGCAUAGGCACCAGCAUGGCGAGCUUCACGGCCACCAACCACCUCAGCCGCGCGCCCACCAGCAACAGCCUGGAGAACAUGCGCAUUAGCACCAACCCCAACAUGGACAGCGGCGUCGUGUCGGCGCUGGGCUUCGCAUCCACAGUCAAUGCGUCGCCCAGCGUGGCAGGCACGGGCGGCACGAACGGAGCGGGCGGGGCGGACGGCAGCGGAGGCGAGGCUCCGCCGCCGCGGCGGCUGGGGCUCAUGGCAAUGCUCAGUGCGCGGCUGGCGGUGCGGGCCACGUUUGAUGGCUUCUCGUCAACAGUGCUCAGCCGCAGCGGGCACAGCGGCUCGGGAAUGUUGCAGGGCGUAGCUGCAAACGGGCGAGGCGGCGCCGCGCCCGGGCAGAUUGGCUCGCCAAUCGACGUGGUGCCUGGGCCCGACGGCCGGAUUUCGCCCUCCGCGGCGGCUGCGAUUGCGGCCCUCGUGACCGGCACGACUGGCAGCGGCCGCGCGGACAGCCCCAGCGCGUGGAGCCCGCUGCCUAGCGCGGCGCAGCUGCGCCAGGGUGCGGACUCGGGGCCGCGGUCUGCCGGCAUGUCGCCCGGGCCGUCGGCGGGCGGUCCCUCCAACACUUGGAUGAGCAUGCUUGGCCAGUCGGCGGCCUAUCAGAACCCGUCAUCAGGGACCUCAGGACGGGUGCCGCCCGGCGGCCGCAUGCCGCUGCUGCCCUCCCCGCUGCAGCGCACGACACAAGCCAACCCCAUGCCUAGCCCGCCGCAGGCGCCCCUGCCGCCCGCGCCCGCCCCACGCCCGCCAUCACCGGGCAUUGCUACACUUGGCAGCCCGGGGUCUGACGUCACAACCGGAGGUGGUGUGCUUAGUGCAGGCAUUCCCGCGCUCGGGUCCGGCGCGAACGACAGCCGCAGCGGCCGGACGGAGGCGCCGGCUGUCACCAGCAGCACCGCCGGCGCCGACGACUCGGGUGACUUCCGGUACGUCCAUGCCGUGCCUGUGUCGGCCCUGCCGCCGCCGGCACCCGCACCCCAGCACCAACAGCACCGCCUUCAUCAUCAGCAGCAACAGCAACAACAGCAGCAAUGGCCGCGACACCGUAGCGUGGACAAUUCGUCUGGGGUGCUGCCGGCGAUGCGGGCCGUGCCGGUGGGUUACGCCGUAGCGCAGCUGGGCGCUGGUGGACCCACUACCAGCUCCCCCGCCGGCUCCAUCACCGUGGGCCCGCCGCCGGCUGCGUCAGGCGCCGCCGUCCCAGCCGGGGCCAGCGGCAGCGCUGCCCUCGUCGGCAUGCCAGGCGGCUCUAUCGAGGUACCGGGAUCGGCGCUGUUUAACACCUCGAACGUGCCAGCCUCGGCUGGCGCGGUGACGACGGAAGACCCUCUGAUGCUGGCGUUCGGCAGCCAUGCCGGCAUGCGGCGGGCGUCCUCCAUGGAGAUGGUCAUGGUGGGCCACGCCUCGCCCAGUGCGCUAGGUGUCGGUGGUGGCGGCGGCAUAGCAGGCGCGCAGCUGCCGGCGCCGCUGGUGUCAGGCAUGGGCCGGGACAGCGCGGGCAUGCGCUCGCUGCCGGGCGCGCAGGCGGGCAGCAGCAUACCCUGGCGCGAGGGCAUCAUCCACCCGAGGCUGAGCGCCGGGCAUUACACGCUGCACUCGCACACCUCGUCCAACCCGCAAGCGCGGCUGGCCAUUUUGGGGCAGCUGGGCAUCGGCGGCGGGGCAGGGGCAGGCGGCGGCGCUGAUGACGGCUACUCGGUUGGGGCCGCCCCCUCGGUGAUGCCCAGCGGCCUGCCAAGCACUGCGAUGCCGCACUUGAAGAACAGUGUGCUGGGAAAACUCAUCGGCACCAUGUUCAGGCGCUCCCGGCCCGAGGACGCAAUCCGCAUCCUGGCGCAACGCGGGCUGCGUGUGCGCAUGGGAAUGCACUCCGGGCUCACCGACCCGCACGCCAUCUCCAUCAACAAAGCCUCGGGCCGGACCCAGUACACAGGUGAAUUCCUGACGGUGUCCAAGCGCACCGGUGACGCCGCCAACGGCGGUCAGAUCGUGCUGACGGAGGAGACCUACCGGCAACUGCCGGCGCGAUCACUGCUGCGGCGUGCCUGGGUGCUGCACAUGGGCCAGCACCACCUGGGCGACCUGUACAGCUCCGUGCAGGCCGAGCUGGAGGACGAGGACAGCGAGUACCAGCUCUACCAGGUGCUGGGCUAUGAGCUGGCGGUGCGGCUGGCGCUGCUGGCGCCGCUACGCACGCCCGCCUGCCUCAUCACGGGUGUGCUGGGCGCGCCGGUGGGCGGCCUGGUGAUUGCGUUCAUGUACGUGCACGCGCUGCAGCAGCUCAUGGCCUGGAACAGCGAGGUCACCAUGGAGGCGGUGGAGCUGUUCCACAGGGUGGCAGCCCACCGCUGCAAGGCGCACGACGGCUAUGUGAGCGAGAGCCAAGAGGGGCUGGUGCUGGUGGCGUUCCGCGACCCGGCGCAGGCGCUGCUAUGGGCGCUGACAACGCAGCAGGCGCUGCUCAAUGCGCCAUGGGACCCUGAGCUGCUUGAGCACGAGUUGGCCGAGGAGGUGACGGUGGUGGUGCCGCUAGAGGGCCUCGCACCUAGCGACCGCCCGCCCGGCAUGGCUGGUGUUGGUGGGACUGGCAACGGCCCCAGCGGUGCGCACGCAGGCGGCCAAGACAUGCACCUGCACCCUGCGCUCAUGGCUGGCGGCGCCAACGUGUGGCCGCCCAGCGGCGCCAACGCUCGCCUCUCAACGGCCAGCAAUGCCCUGCCGGCGCAAGCGUCGCAGCAGCACCACCAGCAGCAGCAGCAGCAGCAGCAGCAGCAGCAGCAGCAGCAGCAGCAGCCAAUGAGCCUCGACCAGAGCCAGGUACAGCUGCCGCUGGGCGUGUCAGACGCGGCAGUGACGCUGCCUGACGGCACCUCCACCCUGGACAUGUCUGUGUCGCGCCGCACGCCCAUCACUUCGGGCGCGGCGGAGCUGGAGACGGGCGCCAUCCGCACCUUUGAGGAAAGCAACCACGGCCCGCCGCAGCGCGCCGGUAGCACCGGCACUGCCGGCGGCCUUCCGGCGGCCAGCAGUGGCACGGGUGGCACGGCACGAGGCGGCGGCGGGCCACCCCUGGGGGGCGGCAUUGGCGCGGCAGUGGCGGCGAUGUUGGGCAUGUACGACGACGACGAACUGCCGCCGGGGAUGGUCCGCAAGGUGAUGCAGCGCGGACUGCGCAUGCGUGUGGGCAUCGACGUGGGCCGCCUCACGGAGAGCCUCUCGCCCGUAUCCUCGACAGUGGUGUUCCGCGGCAAGGCCAUGAACCGUGCAGCGCGCAUAGGCAUGCUUGCGACGGCAGGCCAGGUGCUGUGCAGCGCGAGUGCGUGGAGCGGCGCCAAGGCCAGUCGCGCCGUGAACGUCACCGACCGCAUCAACUCGGUCAGCAUGGGCCGUCACGUGCUCCGUGGCGUAGCCGAGCCGAUUGAGGUGUUCCACUGCCGGUUGCGUGUGUCCACCGUCGACGCGCCCACUGGCGCUACUGCGACGGGGGCUGCUGUUGAGGCCAUCGCCGACGGGACGCCGCCACCAACUGCUGGCGGCGGCGCGCCGCUGCCGGCUGGCGCUGCGAUGACCGCGACAGCGUUGGCCCUUGCGAACAGCCACGCAUCCACUUCAGCGGGGGCGUCGUCGGCGCCGUACGGCCCUGCAGGUGCGCCGGCUGCGUCUGCAGCCUUGACAGCCGCCAGUGGGCUACCUCGGCUGGACACGGGACAUGUGGACCACUACCCAGGACGUAUGGGGCCCGCAUCAUUGAGCCGAGGGCGCCCAGGCACGCCGACGGCCGGCGGGCGGCGGCAGCACCAGCACUACCACGUGGCGCCAUCACCGCACAAGCGCCUGUCCGUGGCAGCGGCGCCCAAUGCGGGGGCGGCUGGGGCGGCGGCGGCCGCGGCAGCGGCCAACGAGGACCUGUCGCGAGGCGGCUCUGCGUCCGCGCCGCUUGCGCCCUUUGCGUUGACAGGGAUGCCACUGAGCCCGUUCGUCCAGAGCAGCGUCACCGAGGUCAACACUGCGGCCGGCACGCCCACGCUUCUGGUCCCGGAGGCGGGCGGGUUAGGUCAUGGAGGUCUUGCAGGCGCCUUCCGUCACUCCUCCGCCGCGUCUGGCAGGCAGUCGCCCUCAGCGCCGCUCGUCACCGCAUCGCUGUUCGACCGUGUUUGGGAGGACGCCGGCGCAGCGGGGGUAAUCGACUCCGCCUUCGCCGCCACCUCAGCACAGCGCACACCCGGUACGCAGGUGUCUGUUGCGUUCACUGGCAUGGCGCCUGCCGAGGUGGCGGGCCCUGCAAGCGCGGACGCGGCGGAGGCUGAGGCCGUUGGCCCGAUGAAGGAACCUAGCCCCGGCGGCAGCGGCAGUGGCCUGGGCGCGGCAGGGCCACCGGCGCCGUGGUCGGUCCUGGAUCACAACAGCCACGCGCCCCUGUCCGGGCAUUUGCCGCUGCCGCCCCUGCCCGAAGCUGAGAUGCUUCUGGAGCCCUACCCCAGCGUGUUGGCGAGCGGGCCCAAUACCCUUCCGUCACCGCAAGCAGCCCCCACCGCUGCGGCGCCCGCGCCCGCGGCCGGCUCCCAUUCCACCGGUACCGGCACAGACCAGUGCCUAGCCACGGGCGGUGAGCACGCCAGCAGCGCUGCCGGCAUCUCCGCCGCCUGGGCCGCGGAGCAGCGCUAUUUCGGCUCGGCGCCGGCCGGCGGUGUCCGCACGCUAAGCCGUGCUGCGGCCAGCGCCAACGCCCGGGCGGGCGCCAGGCUGGGCGAGCACCUAGACUCAGGCACUGGUAGCGGCGGCGACCGGCGCAGCAGCGCGCAAUUCCCGGGUAGGAGCGUGGAGGGCCGCAGCAGUGCCGCCCUCCUCACGCUGCCGUCGCUGUCGCAGUUGCUGGGGCGGGAAUCUGCAGCUGGGGGUGUGGCGACCAGCGGGGUGCGCAGCCACCUCGGCCAUGACGGCAUGGACCCGGCGUCGCCCGCGUACAGCGGCUCCGCGCCGCGCCGCAGCCUCGCGGGAGUGGAUAGCGCGGCAGCCACAGCGGGAAUGGCCGGUGCCUUUGCCAGUGCGGGUCGCCUCGCAUCCGUGCUGAGCGGCCGAUUCAGUGGACCCGGCCUCCACAAGCCUGAAGCGCGGGGGAGCACUGGGCAUUCAGGCGGGCUGCUGCGCCUCGGGCUCGGCUUGGGGCUGGGCGCAGGGGCCAGUGGCGGUGAUCGGGUGCGGGGCGGCGGCGGCCUGGCACGCCUCGGCGGUGGCGGCGGCGGGCGGCGCAGCAGCACCGGUGGUGACCGCAGCAGCCCUAGCGGCGCCCAUACAAGCCUGGCGGCAAGCGCGACGCACGGCAAUAGUGCUGGCGGCAGCACCUCGGGCCAGGCGCCGCAGCAUCCGCGCGGCCCGGCGGGAUCUGGUGGUGAUGCGCCGCGGCGCACGCGGCGGCGCUCAGUGCUGCACACCCGUGCAGCGAACGUGGACCCUGGAUCCAUCAAUCGUGCGCUGCUGAAUUCGACCAGCAUCGGGCGCCGAGACCGCAUUGCCGGACUCAAGAGCGGCGACAGCCGCAGGCGGCUGAGCACGCCAACGCUGGAGGUGGUCACCAUGGGCACCACGUCGCCCACGAGCCUCACGCCGCAGAGCGCGCGGGCGCCGGUUGCCACACAGCGCACAUCCUCGUUACAGGCAGGCGCCACAGCCACGCGGGGCGGCGGUGCCGGUGGCCGCAGCGCCAGCGGCGAGGACACGCACGGUGACAACCCGUACACCACGUAUGGCGACCUGACCGGCGGCGGCCACCACGACGGGCUUGAGGCCGCGGCACUGCACCUGCACGCGGAAGACGCCGACGAGGUGGGCGAGUUUGAGGUGCGGGACCGGGCCACGGGCGGCGGCGGGCGGUCCAGCCACGUCACCAUCCUGCACAGAGACGAGCGCGAGCGGCCGUCACGCGGGCGGAGGCGCUCGGGGGCGGAGGACGGCGCCACCGGGAACAGUGUGGAGGGCGUCAUUGCGCGCUCGCUGCAUGAAGGCCGUGAGCGCCUGUCGAGCGCAGCGGCGGCGAUCAUGGGCUUUGCUCACCUGGGCCGCACCAGCAGGCACCGGACCAGCAGCCGCGGCGUGAAUGCGCCGACGCCCGGUAGCGCUGAGGAGUCACGGCCCGGCUCUGGCACCGUAGCCGUGGUGGUGCCAACGUUUGAGGAUGAUGUGCGGCAGUGAGCAGGACGAUAUCCACAAAGUUGGCGUUGCUGGGCCCUAAAGACGAGGUUGGGCAGAAUUCUCGGCCUAGGGUACAUGCGUAUUGUAUCGGAAUGUGCGCGCGCGUGUGCAUGCCACGUCACGCACGGUGAGGCGUCGUUUGCAUUGGCGUGCGAUGCGCAAAUAUGAUAUUUAGUAACCAUGCGUGUCGGUCGCAUGUGUUGAGGGUGGCAGCCCAUGGGCUGGGAUCCAGGUUUGCACAUCUAGAGGGUGACCGGCAUUGGUGCAUGGCUUGGGCAUUCAUUGGCUAAUACGAGUGGUCAACUGAAGGUGCAUGUGUAGGCGGUGGGAGGAGGGGGGCGGCGGGAUCAGUGCGGGUGAAGCUGUGAUGCGUGGUGGCGGUGUGGACAGCUCGAAAGGGUUCAUGCUGGAGUGCCUGCAGCGACCGCAUACCUUGAUCCUCGCGAUCUCAGGUACAGUGCGUGCUAUAGAGGGUGCAGCACUCGCACAAGACAUACGACGGCUGACGCUGCAGCUUGGGAGCACGCGGCACGUUCUGAGGUGCGGUGCAUUGCCAAGUCCCGAGGCCUGUUAGUACCGUAACACAGAUCUCAUAACUUUGAAGCGGUCUCAAAUGCAAAGUGAGGCGAAGACAGGGCGCAUGCUCAAAUCGGUUGAUACCGGAGGUGAGCCGCGCCAGGAUGUGACUGGGUGUGACAGCUAAGACAUGACCGGAGACGCUUUGCGCAUGGCCGGUAACUCCGCAAAAUGCAGUCCCGUUCACAUACACUGCAAAGUGCAAGCAGCUGGGGAGCAUGCCAUCAAAGAUGCUUUGCGGACACGUCAACUUGGUGGGCACUUGGCCAGUCGGUCGUGCUGGCGUGCAGUGCCCUGAGGUUUGGGGAGCCUGGUCAACUU